GACCAACGCGAAACUAUAGAGCCCCAAGAAUAUUCCCCUGCGGCAACACUGGCGGCGCCCUCUGGGUGGAGCCAUAGUAAGUAUCUCAAAGUUGUCAAACUACGUGCCACGUAGACAUUCCACGAGGCGCGAGAAACGCGCCAGUACUUAAAAGUGUAACACACAGUGAAGUGAUCCACGUGCUAUCCAGAUAUUGCAGAGAAGACUAAAGCUAAGUAUUUAUUUAUACUUGGUGGCUCACAGUGGUGUAAUGGUAUCUCUUACAAUUGUUUCCAUAUCUAACUAAAGGCUAUUACCUCGAUUAUCUUAGUAACAGACAAGGCGCACUAAAGGUGCCACUAGGUGCCGAGUUGUCUAUCUAAAUAGUAAGUAUGGUACUCAAUCCUGGAAGACUAGUUCUCCAGAGGCGCAAGCAGACAAGGCACGCUAAAGGUGCCGGUAAGUGACAGGUAGACACACUUAGAAUAAGCAUGCAUGCUCAAUCAUGGUGAGACCGCGGCGUGCUCGGCUCAGCCCGGGGGUCGAGGUCGCCGGGGGUCGAGGGGCACGUCGGCGGCGUACCUGGCUCAGCCCGGGGGUCGAGGUCGCCGGGGGUCGAGAGGUACGUCGACGGCUCACUGUUCUCAAUCCUGGUAAGACUAGAUCGCCAGAGGGUGAGGUGCAAGUCCACGGCGUGCUCGGCUCAGCCCGGGGGUCGAGGUCGCCGGGGGUCGAGGGGCACGUCGGCGGCGUACCUGGCUCAGCCCGGAAAGACGAGGUCGCCGGGGGUCGAGAGGUACGCCGACGGCCCUCACUGUUAUCAAUCCUGGAAGACGAGUUCUCCAGAAGAGUCGGUAUGAUAGGUACGAGGGUGUUGACAGUUCAGCACGUCCUCACACCCGCCGAGCUCCAGACAGACGUGCCGUAGUGUGGCGGUACGUCUCGACUAUCCACUUGGGCGUGUAGGCGUCCGAGGAAGAUGUAUCUGGUGUACCCUGUCUGGUUGAAUAAGAUCAAUCCUUAGUAUGAGUAGUAUGACGAUGAUGUAUGUUCUAAGGGACGGUUGUUAGGAGAAUACCAUAUUCAUGAGCACUUAAAACCCACAGAUCACGGAGUGACAAUCAGCCGCCGUAACAUAAAAGCAAGCGAAGCAGAUCAGAGGCUCACCUGGCCCCGAGAAGGUUGGGACAGCGUGAGCGUGGAUGAGGAAUCAUCUAUAGAAAUGUCAGGUAUGUAUACCAUGCAUUCUGUUUGGUGGUCAGUAUAUAUAUUGACCACACACACACAAAUAAGUUGCCAUCCUUCUCCUUUACGGACUCGUAAAUGUACCGUAGGCGGCUAGGAGAGGGGUGGCGACAAUGGUGGUUAGUGCUGGGAUUGAACAGAUAUAGAAUCAAGGCAUAACCUAAAAUGAAUGCAAGGUAUACUAUCCUAACAUUAAACGUAUUAUUCUAAGAAAAAUAACAUGUGUGUGUCAAUAGUAACAAAAAUUGCAAGAUUUGUACUUUAAGUACACGUGCGGAAUCAUAUAAUUACAGGGUCUGGUUCAACAUCAAUUUUGGCUCAUUUAGUUAUGAAAGUUACUUCAAGAGCUCAAUAAGUGAAGACUUUUAAGAAUAAAGUAAUUUCAUUGACUGUGUAAUACGGCAGGAUAUGAGAAAAUACAUCAUGGCGUACUCUCUCGGCUAAAGGAUGGUUUACUUACUUAUAAGAUACAUUUUAUUCCCCGUAUAAGAAAAAAGGCUCAAUUGUUAUAAAUAAUGUUUAAAAAAUAAAAGUAUGAAGAUUUCAGUAUUCGUCCGAAUUUAUGAAAUUAAAAAUUCAUUAUUCAAAAAUAAAAGGUCAUGUUAUUGAACAAAGUUGCUUCAGUUGCUUCCGGGAUACGUCACGAAUACGUCUCUGAUUGGCCAAAAGCGAAACAUGGCGGCCAUCGCGCCAUCGCGGCGGCCAUAGCACGAAGUAGUGUUGCUACAGUUACAGUAAGAAGAUUACCCGAAAUGUCGGGAGAAAAUUACGACUCGAAAGGAUUAACCGGAUAACUUCAGUGAAGAGAAGAAAUUAUUUUACAAACGGAUUCGACUUGGAAGGCAGUAAUGAGAAUUUUCUUAUAAGAUGAAUGUGUAAUUAAGUCAAACGGUCAUACUGAACUGUGUAUAGAUAUAAGUCGGUAAGAAUUUUGUCUUUGUGUUCGUAAUUAUAUUGGAUUGAUUAGUAUAUAAGCUAGAAGAUCUUUUCAGGGAUAAGAAGAGAAGCACUAGCCUAUGGUAUACUGCAGGUAUAUCUUAUAAGUCUUAUAAGACAAGCGUAAAAUAAGAAGGGGCAGAGGAAUUUUCCGCUUUGAAUUUUACUUGAUACAUGUGUGUUAAACUUAAUUAGAAUUAAGAUUUUAGUAUUAAGUAUUUGUAUAAAAGUAAUAACGAUGCAUCUAAAAGGACCGAAGAAGAAACAAGUUACGGUUAGUUUAUUCGUUAAAUAUGUCAGAAAUCAGGGAGUUCUGACUAAGGCUGGCAACACUAAUUCCCGUAGAGAAUACGCUUUACUUUGAAACUUUGUUUACGGAGAAGCUGCAACAGCGCUGGUUCCCAAGAAGUUUGCAUCCAGUUUAUAGGAAGACAAAAACACGAACCGGCCUCCGUGAACCAUCACGGACUCGACACAUACCACCGGAUUAGACGAGAAAAGAGAAAAGAAAUUCCUCGGACAAGAUGGACGAGAUUCUCUUAAUCAGACUUCGAAUCACCAGUGAAAAAAUUGGUGCUGAAUUGGAAACAAUACCCAGUACGGUUCGGUCAGAAAACAUAGGACAGGCUCAGGUCGUCUAUAACAGACUGCAAGCUGCAGUGAAUAGGCUCAACGCUAAUUUAUCAGAAUACUUUCGUUUAGCUACAACUCCUGCAUCAGAUGAAAUUUUCUUGAUUAGUGGCCAGCAGCUUUUAGCAGAAGAGACUUUAGCAGAACUCAAGGCGAAGAUCGACCAAGUCACCGUAUCCCGUGAGACCCAGGAAAAGCCGCCUGAAGUGAAUUCCUCUUGUCGACUACCGAAACUCCAACUACAGGUUUAUAACGGGGAUGUGCUUUCCUGGUGCGAAUUUUGGGAUAGUUUUAGCAGCAAUAUCGACUCAAGAAACUUACCUGAUGUAGACAAGCUGUCUUAUCUUAAAACUUCAGUGACGGGUGAUGCUAAGAAAGCUAUUGAUGGCCUGCCUACCACUAACGGAAACUAUAAGAUAGCGGUCACUCUACUAAAGGAACGUUUUGGCAAGAAAGCUCAUCUGAUUGAUGCCCACUAUGCUACAUUAUACAAAAUCGAAGCGGCAAAAAGCAUUAUCAUGGAUAACUUAUCCGCCUGACUUACCUAAUAACUUUGGAAUCGCCUUUGGGCGUCUGUCAAGUUUACUGAAGCGCAUGGACCAAGAAACCUUAAUGUCAUACGACGAUACAUUUAAACAACAAUUAGCUAAGGGUAUAAUAGAAGUCGUACCCACAUCAGGAACGUCAACUGGUAACGCUAUUCACUACCUACCCUUCCAUGGAGUACGUCAUCGAGGAAAACCUAUGCGAAUCGUGUAUGAUGCUAGUUCCAAGAGUAACAAGAACACCAAGAGUCUGAACGAGUGCUUAUACAGAGGACCACUCAUGCUUGAAGACCUUACAGGGUUACUCAUCAAAUUCAGGACACAUCACAUAGGAUUGACGUCCGACAUAGAAAAGGCGUUUUUACAGAUGGCAUUACACGAGAAGGAUCGUGACGUUACCAGAUUCUUAUGGCUUAAAGAUACCUCUAAACCAGUAUCUCAGGAUAACCUACUUUACCUAAGAUUCUGCAGAGUUCCAUUCGGCGUGAUAUCUUCACCGUUUCUACUGAAUGCGACUAUUAAAGAACAUUUAAAUAAUGCAGAAGAUCAGCAUGUCAGGCAGAAAGCGAAUGACAUAUACGUAGACAACUUUGUUUCAGGCUGUAGUACUACAGCUGAAGCAAUAGAGCUUUACAAAAGUUUAAAAGGAUCUUUUCAAGAUAUUUCAAUGUCAAUCAGGGAUUGGAGUUCUAACUCCGAAGAAUUCAUGAAGAUGGUCCCUGAUACAUGUAAAGAAAACAAGAUAAAAGUACUUGGCUUAGAGUGGGACAUAAAAAAGGACACCCUCCAGCUGAAGCCCAACCUCCAAGAGGAAGCAGUCACAAAAAGAGGAAUACUGAAGACUAUCGCAUCAAUUUAUGACCCGUGCGGUUACGCGGCACCUCAUACAUUAUCAGCUAAACUUUUUCUGCAAGGACUUUGGAAGGCCGGAGUAUCUUGGGACUCACCAUUAUCAAGCGAGCUAACAGAAGAGUGGAACAUCAUCCGACAGAACCUAGAAGUCAUAGGAAAGGUAUCGGUGGAUAGAUGUUACAUGAAGACACCAACGGAAGCGAAUUACCAACUGCACUGCUUCACAGAUGCUUCACUACAAGCCUACGCAGCAUCGGUGUUUCUAGUCUGUGGCUCGAAGAAAAGCUUUAUCAUGGGUAAAUCCCGUCUGAUACCAACCAAGGAUCAAGAUAACCUCAAGAUACCCCGUCUAGAACUUCUGGGAGUACUGAUAGGCUGUAGACUGAUGAAGUUCGUCCUUAAGUUUCUGCAACAGAAAAUAGUAAGACAAGUCUUAUGGACCGAUAGUCAGAUUGUCAUCGAAUGGUGUAAGUCUAACAAACUACUUCCUCCCUUCGUUGCCAGACGAGUAGAAGAAAUCAAGACAAACAAAGACCUGGAGAUAAGAUAUCUACCAUCAAGCUUGAACCCAGCAGAUGUAGGCACAAGACCCCUUCGUGCAGAGGAAGAUAAGGAGAAAUGGCUGAAUGGUCCGCAGUUUAUAACAGAAGAUCCACAGAAAUGGCCAACCACAUCCGGCAGUGAGCCAACCAGUUCUCUUCUGACAGGGGAGGGUCUUGGGUUCCAAGAAGACAUAGAGAUGGUCGAUAAAGAAGAUCCAGUUGUUAAUGUCAACCCGAUGAAAACGGAGGAAAUUAUAACACCAAAUGAAGUGAUAGGAAAUAAUCAGUCAACAGACGACAAGCUUCAUAAAUUAAAAGAAAUUCAAGCUAAAUAUUUUCCUCUAGAGGUAGAAGGAAAAGAAACCAAUCUAAGUCGAAACUUAGGAGUAUUCAAGGACAUUGAUGACCUAUUGAGAUGCAAAGGUCGUAUGAAAAACGCAAACUGGUCGUUCGACAAACGAUACCCUAUACUCAUACCAAAAGAGUCAGAUUUCACGAAGGAAAUUAUAAUGAAAACUCAUCAAGAGAACAAACAUGUAGGUGUCAGCCACACGCUUGAUAAAAUAAGAGAAAUGUAUUGGAUUCCUCAAGGAAGAAGUAAAGUCCAACGGAUAUUAAAGGGAUGCCCUGAAUGUAUGAAACAUGAUGGAGGACCUUAUAGACUACCAGAAACCCCUGCUCUUCCUAAAGAGAGAGUCAAUUACAGCUCUCCUUUUACGUACGUUGGAACAGACUACCUGGGACCACUUCUAGUUAACAACGGGAAUGGCAGUUGUAAAAGAUGGAUUAGCCUUUAUACAUGUUUAGCGGUAAGAGCCAUUCACCUGGAAGUGGUAAAGGAUCUAACAGCGGAAGAAGGUCUUCUGGCCUUAAAAAGGAUGAUAUCAGCGAGAGGCGUGCCUACCUUAAUUACAUCUGACAACGCAGCUCAUUACAAGUUACUUUCUGAAAUUCUUCAAGACCCAUAUUGCAUAGAAAAGGAGAUUAAAUGGAAAUUCAUACCGCAAUUAGCCCCAUGGCAUGGAGGAUUUUACGAAAGGUUGAUUGGCUUAACCAAGAAUUGUAUGAAGAAAACCUUACAAAAACACUUAUUGAAUGACAGCCAGCUGGCAACAACAGUUAAGGAAAUAGAAGCAGUACUUAACACAAGACCUUUAACCUACGUGGAUUCAGAACCUGACCACGUAUUAAAACCCUCAGACUUUCUUACCAUGGGAAAAUGUAUCGUAAUGGAAACGUCGAGCAUGGAUCCUAUUACGUCACAUGGGACAGUAACCAAAGACAAUCUAAUUAAAGGUUGGAAGAAAGCGCUCAUCAUUCUACGAGAAUUCAAAGAGAUGUUUGAGAACAGGUAUCUCCUAAAUUUGAGAGAAAGAUACUCCCAUCAUCCUAAGGAGCCUAGAGUGACUUCAAAAUUAACGCCAAAAAUAGGUCAGAUAGUGCAAAUAAAAGGCGACACGAAGAAUAGGAUCAAUUGGAAAGUUGGGAAAAUAGUAUCUUUAAAGGAAGGCGCCGAUGGUUUAUGUAGAGUAGCCACGGUCCAAGUAGGAGAUACAAUAUAUACAAGAUCUAUCGCGCAUCUCUACCCGUUAGAGAUCGAAGAUGGAGAGGAACAGUGUAAACAAACGUCACAUGAAGAAAGCGUAGAAGAAUCUGUACAGGUUCCUGACGUCCCACAUCCAACAAGAAGGGACGACGUGAUGAAAGAAUCCACUAACGACGUUCUUAAGACUUCUGAGCAGAAAUCUUAUCAAUUAACAGAAUUAAACGAGUCAGAAGAAAUACCGUCUGAUUCAGUCUUAUUAGAGCCUGCAUCUAGUCAGUUACACGAGCCUGAGCCUAAGUCCAUACCCGAACCAGACCCACUCGCAGUCAAAGACAUGACGUUCUGCGAGAACACUGAUCCUGAAACGCACCACCUAGAGAACAUCGCGUCGGCUGAACAUCACGACGAGUCCAGACCUAAGAGAGCAGCGGCGCUUCGUGCUCUUGAGAAGAUUAAGGAGUGGACCAGCAACUUAGUCGCAGUUUUGCUGCCUGUAGUGGGGAGUGUCGCGACCAACGCGAAACUAUAGAGCCCCAAGAAUAUUCCCCUGCGGCAACACUGGCGGCGCCCUCUGGGUGGAGCCAUAAUCACGGAGUGACAAUCAGCCGCCGUAACAUAAAAGCAAGCGAAGCAGAUCAGAGGCUCACCUGGCCCCGAGAAGGUUGGGACAGCGUGAGCGUGGAUGAGGAAUCAUCUAUAGAAAUGUCAGGUAUGUAUACCAUGCAUUCUGUUUGGUGGUCAGUAUAUAUAUUGACCACACACACACAAAUAAGUUGCCAUCCUUCUCCUUUACGGACUCGUAAAUGUACCGUAGGCGGCUAGGAGAGGGGUGG